AUGCUCCGAUCAACUAUCAUUAAGACCGCCCGACCUCUCGCGUCGCGACGCCUGCUCAGCACUUCUGCGAGACUUAUGGGUAGUGGGGACACUGGAUCAGGCUUCUCCAGGCCGUCUGGUGAGCGCGGCGGUGAUGCCUUCACCAAGCGCGAAACCGCAGCCGAGGAGAUGUACAUCCGGCAGGAAGAGAAGGCCAAGCUGCGAGCCAUCAAAGCCAAGCUCCAGGAACAAAAGAAGCACAUCGAGGAGCUAGAGAAGCACAUGUCGGACCUCCCGUCUCUCGCAUCGUCGCAGACACAGAAGCACUGA